AGCGGGAGGACCGAUCACUGCCGGGUUACGAUAACACCCGCAGCACAAGCAGUAGCCGUUGUUUGCAGCUCGCUCCAUGGCGGCCGCUCGCAGCUUACGGGUGUCGGUGAAAUCAGACAGCGGCUCGGACCGGUCCGACUCGGACUCGGACUCAGGCUCUGACAGAGAUGCCCGCGAAGCCGAGCCGAUGGAGGUGGAGGAAGGAGAGCUGGAAGCGGAGGACGUCUCCGUUAACCGUUCCCUGAAGGAGCUGCUGCCGGAUACAAGCCGGCGAUAUGAGAACAAGGCGGGAGCAUUCAUCACUGGGAUCGAUGUCACUUCAAAGGAGGCGAUAGAGAGGAAAGAGAAGCGAGCGAGACGUUUCCACUUCAUUGCAGAGGAGAGCGUCGCUCAGAGGAACGUCUUCCUGGAUAAAGACAUCCUGAAGAAAGCCAUCCCUAGAGUGCGCUUGGAGGCGAUGUAUGUGGCAGGCGUGGACGACAUGAGCACAAAAGAUGUUUUCGGGUAUUUUAAAGAAUAUCCUCCAGCACACAUCGAGUGGAUCGACGAUGCGUCCUGUAACGUGGUGUGGCUUGAUGAUGACACAUGCAUCCGCGCCCUCGUCAACAGCAGCCGGUUGCCCGAUCCAGAGACGGUUACCACGGCAACACAGAGCAAUGACCAGCCGGAAAAACAGAGCAAAGAUCGGCGGGGUCAAAGGUCAGAUGAUGAUGAGGAUGAUGAAGAGGAGGAGGAAGGCGAGGUGGACGAGGAGGAGCAGGAGGUGAAGAAAAGCAGCAAGGAGGUCGAGGUGAAGGACAACGAGGGAGAGGUGGAGCAGAAACAGAAGGCAGAGCCCGGACAGAUGGACGACCUGUCCGGGGCGGAGAGAGAGUCUCUGUUGAGGAACGAGCUACGACCCGUCAUCAGACCUUUUAAAGGAAACAAACUGUUCCUGCGCUUGGCUACACACGACGAUAAAAAGGAGCUGGGUGCAGCGAGGCGCAGCAGAUACUACAUGAAGUACGGAAACCCAAACUAUGGAGGCAUGAGGGGAAUCCUCAGUAACUCCUGGAAGAGGAGGUAUCACAACCGGAGGAUCCAGAGAGACGUCAUCAAGACCAAGAAGCCUCUGAUCGGAGACAGCAUGGGACACACACCGCCGUACACACACAGACACUCAGCUGACCUGGUCAACCUGCCUGAGGAGCCAAUCAAAGAGGAGGAGGAGGAGGACGAGGAAGAGGAGCAGGAAGAAGACGAGGACAUGGACUCAGACGACCGGGUGGUGGAGUACAAAGAGCGGGCCGAGCGGGAUAGAGGAGAGAGAGCUGGAAGUGCGUCGAGGUCGCUGGGGACAGGGCUUCGUGGCCGAGCGGAGCGCUCUGUGUCGCCGUGGUCGGAGUCAGACGAGAUGGACUACGACCUGGAGCUGAAGAUGAUCUCCACGCCGUCGCCGAAGAAGAGCAAGAAGAUGACGAUGUACGCCGACGAGCUGGACACACACCUGAAGAGCAUCAGGAACAGGGUCGGGGCGUCGGGGUCACAGAGCCGGCCCAAAUCCACAUCGCCGCCCAAAGUGAUGGACGUCCGUCAGCUGCUGGAGGAGAAGAGACAGGGCCUCUCUCAGCACAGACAGCCCCCCCCUGUGGCCCCCAGCGGAAAGACAGAUGUGCGACAGCGGUUGGGGAAAAGACGGUACUCCCCCGACAGACGCCGCUCCCCCUCCCCUGUCUCCCCCAGAGACACCCCCCCAGCCAGAGAGCCAAUCAGAGACGUGCAUCGCAGACUAGGCGUGGUCAGCCAAGACAGCAGAAACCUGUUCGCCAACUCCUCCAAAGACAGAAAGACAGGCGGGCUCUGGAGCAGACUCGGAUCAGCUGACGACGAUGGCAGCUCUGCACGUAAGGAACGCCGAACAACCAGCCGCUCACCUGGCCUCUUCACCUCAUCGGGAAGGAAGAACUCCAGCGACGCCACAGCCAGUAGCAGCAGCAGAAGGAGUCGAGGCGACGGAGAGGAGGGAGAAGAGGUGGAGGUGGAGGAAGAAGACGACUCGACGCUGCAGAAGAUGUGGGGCGCCAUGAUCAAACAGAAACAGGAGCAGCAGACGCACAAGCUGAAGAAGAGCCGGCUGGACAACCUGCCAUCGCUGCAGAUUGAGAUCAGCCGAGACAGCAGCGACGACUCGGACGCCUGAGACCGGGAGGAGGAGACAGGGGGACGGAGGAGGAGGAGGAGGAGUGUGUUUCUGUUGAACUUCAGUCCUUCUGUACUUUACGUACAAUAAUUAUAAAGACGUUAAGCCGUCAGAGCCGCCUGCAGAUCUGAGGUCAGCGGGGAGUUUUCUGUUAUUGUUUCAUGUUGUGUCUGUAUGGACGGAAUACUGGAGGGGUCCACCAGGCACAGACUCAGGGGCUCACAGGGUCAGGACACCUGUUAUGUAAUGCGUUAACGUUUCAUCAUAGACUGUGUAAAGGAAGUGGGCGGGACUAUUUUGAUGUCACAUGUCAGUUUGUUGACUUCGAAUCUCAACAGUUGGUAUUUUGGCCGUCGCCAUCUUGUUCAAUGUUUCUGGAGCCAGAUUUGACCAUAUAUGAAAGAGAGGGAGGAGCUUGAAAGGGGGAGGGGUUAAAACGACUGAAUAUACAUUUUUAGCGAACAACAAACGAAAAAAAUAUAAGUAGAGAUGAAACGAUUUUAUUUUCCAUUUAUUUAAACUUUUAUAAAAACAUGAGGCUGAUUUAUGAAUUAUUACUUUUUAUUAUUAAGCUUAUUUUCCUUAUUUUUCUUAAUAUCAGAAAUACUGUCCUCAUUGAGGCUGUGUAGUCGAUGUCCGACAUCAAACGAGGGAAGCCAAGAGCAGAGAGCGCCCUCUGUUGGUUAAAUUAAAAAUACAGCUAUAAUUAUUUUUGUCAAAUCAACUUAAAUUGUCCAUAUUUGUACUUACUGUUAUUGUAUCAGGAGGUAUCCCUAAAUAUAUAAAUGCUGAAAAAAAUUACAUUUAAGGCCCUUGUGGUUUUUACCUGUCAAUCACACUUAGCCCCGCCCACACCUUUAGUUUUAGAAACAGAAGAGACCAUAUUUGGAGCUGGAGAGGAGCGAUGUGUAAAACUCUAGUAUGUUGACGACCCUGCUGUGAAAUAUCUGUGCUGAUGAAUAAAAACAGACUCUCCUCUGACAGCCAAUCAGAUCGCUCCUCUCCUCUGACUCAUCAUUCCUGCAUCGACACUGUUUCAUGAACUCAGUUUGGUCCACAGAAAAACUCCUGACCUCUGACCUUUGUGUCUUCUGAGAACUGACACCUGCUUGUUUUAACAAGGCCUCACCCGGGACCAGAACCAAACCACACUAAACCAGGUCCAGAACCAAACCCUGUUUAAAAAAAAACAAAAAACGAGCCAUGUUCUGUCUGAGCAGAGCAGAGACACGGACGGAGAGGGAAACAAGAUGACGAAUAAAAGACUCUCAUUCAGAGAGUUGAAGAGAUCCGUCUCCACCUGCAGCUCCACCUCUGUCUCCAGACGUCUUUUUGUGUUUCUGUGGGAGCAGAAAGAAAACGAUGAAACAGACUCUGAGUGUCAGACACGUGUGAUGAUUUUUCUCGCGUAAAAAUCUGACACGUGAAACUUUUUUUUUUAACCUCUGUUUGUCAGAAAGCGUCACUCCUGUUUGAUUCAGUCAUGUCAUUUAUGUUUGUGUUUUUUUUAAAGGAAACUGUCGGGGGGCCAAAGUGACAUCACGCUGUGGUCAUGAAUUUAGAUGAUUAUUAAAAUAUCAGAUUAUGCUGAACGUUA